AUGGCUUCCGAAGAGCUGGACCUCGUUAUCGUCGGUGGCGGAAUAUCCGGCCUCUGCGCGCUCCGCACAAUCCUCACCCUCGACAGUUCCGAUUUAUCAAUCGCCCUACUCGAGAACCAGCCUUCUAUCGGCGGCGUAUGGGCCCAUGAGCGACUCUACACAGGCCUCAAGACGAACCAUGUCUUGGGCAGUUAUGAAUUCAGCGAUUUCCCUAUGCGCGACCAUAUCGGCCCUGAUGUAAAACCUAAGGAGCAUAUACCGGGUGACGCCGUGCAUAACUAUCUAGAGGCGUAUGUGGAUGAGUUUGGGUUGAGGAAGUAUAUCAGGUUAGGGCACAAAGUGGAGGGUGUGGUUGAGCGGAGGACGAACGAUACGACUUCGUGGGUGCUGGAUGUUGAGGAUCUUUCGACUUUGACGAAGACGACGAUUCAUACGAAGAAAUUGAUUGUUGCGACGGGUCAGACGUCGCAGGCUUACUUUCCGGAACGGCUGUUCGCAGGCCAGGAGAGGUUCGAGAGGCCGAUGUUUCAUUGCGUGGAUUUACACAAAUACGAAUCCGAGCUGUUCGAUAAAUCCGCAACAGAGCAAGAGCAUGAGAAAAGAAUAGCAGUCUUUGGCAGCGCAAAAUCCGCGUUUGAUGCCGCCUACACCAUUGCAGAAACAUACAAUACCCCCGUCGACAUGAUCAUUCGCGCAUCUGGCCACGGGCCCAUAUGGAUGUGUCCCGCAUUGGUCACACCAUUGAAGAAAUUCCUCGAAAAGCUCAUGACGGUUCGAUUAUUGACUUGGUUCAGUCCUUGCAUUUGGGGUAAUGCAGAUGGAUACGUCGGCGUUCGGUCUCUCUUACACUCGACGUGGAUAGGCAGGAAGAUCGUGGAUGCGUUUUGGGCAGUGAUUGGGAAUGAUGUAAAGACUCUAAACAAGUACGAUUCGCAUCCGGAGACCGCAAAAUUGAAACCGUGGGUUGAGCCGUUGUGGGUUGCGUCGGGGUUGAGUAUACUUAAUUACAGUCGGAACUUUUUCGACUUGGUGCGAGAGGGGAAAGUGAGGGUUCACGUUGCGGAUGUGAAGGAGUUGUCGGAGGGUAAGGUGCACCUCUCGACGGGCGAUGUACUGGCUUCCGAUGGGAUUGUGUGCUGUACAGGAUGGAGGACGACACCUAGCAUCAACUUCCCUCCAGAUACUCAAAGCGAACUGGGAUUGCCAACAGCAAACGACCCCUUGCCACCUUUCCUAAUCCAAAAAGCCGACGAGCACAUCCUGCGCCAACUACCGCGUCUCAAAAACCAGCCCACCUUCAACACCAAAUACCGGCCCAUGAUCCAAGAAACACCUGCAGAGACAGGAGGAGCACAUCCCACUCGUCUCUACCGCUUCCUCAUCCCUUGCACACCACACCUCUCCUCGUCCCACUCAAUCGCAUUUCUAGGAAUGGCCACAACAGCCUCUACAAUGCUCAUAACCCAAGCUCAAGCCCUAUGGAUAGCAGCGUACUUCUACCACCCCACAUAUCUGAGCUUGCCACAAGAAACAACAGAAGUGCAAUGGUCAACGGCUCUGCAUACGCAAUACUGUAAAUGGCGCUAUGGUGUAGGCGGGCAUGGCAACCGGAGACCGGAUUUUGUGUUUGAUGCUAUGCCGUAUAUUGAUUUGUUGCUCAAGGAUUUGGGGAUGAGGACGAAGAGGAAAGACACAAAACUGAAGGAGUGGGUGGAGGCGUAUGGGGUGGAGGAUUAUAGGGGGUUGGUGGAGGAGUUUGCGGAGAUGAUGGAGGUGAAUAAGGAUAUUUAA